AAAAAGCAGAAGAAGCAGAAGAAGCAGAAGAAGCAGAAGAAGCAGAAGAAGCAGAAGAAGCAGAAGAACGAAAACACACGCUCUCUCUCAACUCUUCACCCACUCUUCCACUCCUUCUGGAACUUGUCGCGAUCUCGAUCAACCGAGUCGAUCCAUCGUCAUCGUCGCGUUUUCCACGAACAAACCAAGACAUCAAAAAAGAAAGAACCAUCAUCCUUCACGUCGAGCAGCGACUGUAGGGGAGACAUUGACUUGUUUAUCUCCCGCAAACGGUACGGCGCCAGACCAGUUACUUCUCUCGACGUCUACCUCUCACUUCUUUCACCCACACUUUACUCUCUCUUCGCGACCUCUCUUCUCUUCCGACUUCGAACUAGCGAUCUUACCGCGACUUCGAACGUCGUCCUCAUCUCAUCUCAAGUCUGAAAUCGAUCUGACAAAGCUUCUCUCGAUAGCCUGACACACGAUAUAUCACCUUGCGCGCACGUUUCGUAGAUCGUAAAUCACAAAUACCGCCAAGAUGAACUCUAUCCAGACUCAUCCUGAGAACGCGAUGCAGGCGAAGACCUUCAUCGCGCCCGGCUCUCUCUCCUUCCCAGGUGGCGCUGGCGAUCUCACUCCACCCUCCUCCGAGGCCGAGAAGAUGAAUGGUCAGCAGAAGCAGGGUGCGAAUGGAGGUCAGGCAGUCCAGGCCAACGGCCAGACGAACGGCCACGGGGUGACUCCCGCGACACCGGCUGCCACUCCCGGCGCGACUCAGGGAGUUAGCGGAAUUGUUCCUACCUUGCAAAAUAUCGUUGCCACCGUCAACCUUGAUUGUCGGCUGGAUCUCAAGACGAUCGCGCUGCAUGCGAGGAACGCGGAAUACAACCCAAAGCGUUUCGCCGCCGUGAUCAUGCGUAUCCGUGAGCCGAAGACAACGGCGCUCAUCUUCGCGUCGGGCAAGAUGGUCGUGACGGGUGCGAAGUCGGAGGAUGACUCCAAGCUGGCGUCGCGCAAGUACGCGCGCAUCAUCCAGAAGCUCGGCUUCAACGCCAAGUUCACCGACUUUAAGAUCCAGAACAUUGUCGGCUCGUGCGACAUUAAGUUCCCCAUCCGCCUUGAGGGUCUGGCUUCCAAGCAUCACAACUUCAGCUCUUACGAGCCGGAGCUGUUCCCUGGUCUGAUCUAUCGCAUGAUCAAGCCCAAGAUCGUGCUGCUCAUCUUCGUGUCGGGCAAGAUCGUCCUCACGGGUGCAAAGGUCAGGGAGGAGAUCUACCAGGCCUUCGAGAUGAUCUACCCCGUGCUCCAAGGUAAAUUCCAUCUUUUUAACUUCCGUCGAAUGCACAAUACUAACACCACUAAGAUUUCAAAAAGGUCUAAACCACCUUCCAAACCACGGACGCAAACGGGUCUCGAUCAACUCUUUACCUUGCUGCUCAUCCAGCUCGGUGUACUACCACCUUAUCCGCAACUGUAGAUUAUUGUUUUCACGAUACCACGAUUCACACCCAAAAGCUUCGUACUCUCAUUUUCCUUUUCACACACACACAACACGACAAAGGGCCUUGAUGCAUGCUUGCGGCGCCACUCACGACCUCGGAGUCUGGCCAAAACAAACACAUACCCUCCCGCAGAACCGGGGAGCCACACAUCAACUCAGAUCACCUUUUCGUCGUUAUCAUCGCGACCGUUAUUUUUGUUACCUUUCUUGCAUUGCACACGGCGUUUAUUUGGGCGGGCGAAAGAUGGGAAUCCGGGGGGGCGCGGGCAGGACUUUUUUACUUUACGUUACAUCCCGCAGCUGUGCUGAAUCUCCAAUUUUUGAAGGGGACACAAAUAUUGACGCGGCUUGUUUUUUUCCUCGCCCUCUGACCCUGUGGGUUAUGGUGGAGAACAACAGCGCGGAGAGAGAAAUCGGGGGCUUUUAUUGGGGUGUUCUUUUUACUUAAUUUGAGCGAAAUGGGAAAGAUCAGAGAGAGAGAGAGAGACCAGCGUAUUUAUUGCCUGGCUUUGAGUGGAUGAGGGGAUGAGGGGAUGAUGAUAUUAUUGGGAGCCUCCAGGGGGGAGGGGGAGCGAGCAGCUUCCGAGUUUUUGAGACGGGGCUGGCUCAGGUGGCUCUGAGUGAGGGAUAGAGAGAUUAUUUGCGUAAUGGUGUCGCUCUUGCGGAGGAGUUGCAUGCAUGGGCUGCAGUUUAGUGGUGGACUAGCUGUGAGGGAGGGCUGAGGGAUAGUGAAUACCAGCUCUUGAUAACAUGA